AUGCCUUUCUUACAUUUAUUUACACCAUAUACAAAUGCGGAUAAUACAAAAUUAAUUCUCCGUGUUAAUGAAUCAAGACUUAGAUUAUUUACAAGACAAUUGUUGGCCGAAUUUUUUGGAACUUUAUUUGUGGUAUACAUUGUGUCUGGUUCAACAUUGGCAGCCAACUUUGCAGUAUCAGAUCCAAUAGUUAGAGUAUGUCUAAUUUGUCUUGUACAAGGUUUUGCAUUUGCAGCAAUUAUUUGGUCAAUUUCGGGUAUUUCAGGUUGUCAAUUGAAUCCAGCGGUAACAGUUGGUUGUGUUACAACUGGUAGAAUGGGAAUUCUCAAUGGUAUAGCAUUUAUUAUAUUCCAAUGUGUUGGUGCAUUGGUUGGUGCAGGUAUGAUGAAAGCAUCGCUUCCAACUUUUUAUGAACGAGAUUUAUCAGCAACCACUUUGGCUACUGGUGUCAAUGUUGCAAGAGGUUUCUUUUUGGAAAUGGUUACAACUUCAUUCUUGGUGUUUGUCGUAUUGGGUGUUGCAGUUUACAAUGAAUGGGAUCCAAAGAUUUCUCGUGUCGCUCCUUUAGCAAUUGGUUGUGCCGUUAUUGCUGGUGUUGGUUUCUUAAAUCUUUUCACUGGUGGUAGUUUAAAUCCAGCUCGUUCCUUUGGUCCUGCUGUAUUCUCUGAUACAUGGCAUCGUCAUUACAUCUAUUGGUUUGGCCCUAUUUGUGGGGGUAUCAUAGCUGGUUUAUUCUGGAGAAUUUUCCUUUCUGAAAAAGUUUUACUAAUUGAUAGACCAUACACUGAUUUCCAUAGAUCAACUUAUGGUACUGCAACAAAAUAA